CUGCAGGACUGUAGAGUGCCGUUUUCUGACUUUGCGUCUUUGCAAUGUCGACUUUGGGGACCAGUUAUUACAUUGACUCGCGCAUUCUUCCCGAGCAGGAGGAUAUGGCACCGAGGUAUUCCUCGUCAGCCGCAGGGGUGGAGCAGGCGGUGGUCACCGAAUAUGGCGGACAGGAGUCUUGCCCACUGCAGGCGAAAUCUUCUAUUUUUGGUGGCUCUUGGAGUGCCAUCUCGGCCCACACUCCAAACACGACCGCUCCGACAUAUAUACAUCACCCUUACCCGAGUGGGGACAGCGAUGGCAUGUUUACGCGCUCUUGGGCGCUGGAUCCGGUCUCUGCGUCCCUGUGUUUGACGGGAUUACCAUCGACAGGCAUGCACUAUGAGAUAAAACCGGAACCCCUGAUUGGGACUGCGGAAUGCACAACUUUGGAGACGCACACGCAUCUUUUGUCUGACACUGAAAACGGUGCGUCUCUAGUGGAGAUUCCCUGCGAACCUGCGUCUAAAGCCACUGAAGAUAAUCCGUCAGUAGAGGAAAAAAGGAAGGUGGAUCCAAAUAACCCGUCAUCCAACUGGCUUCACGCAAAGCCCACCAGAAAAAAACGUUGCCCGUAUACAAAGCAUCAAAUCCUCGAACUGGAAAAGGAGUUUCUGUUUAACAUGUACCUUCCCCGGGAUCGUAGAUACGAGAUAGCGAGACUGUUGAAUUUGACCGAGAGACAGGUAAAAAUCUGGUUUCAGAACCGCAGGAGAAAGCACAAGAGGCAGACUCACAGCAAGGAAAACAGGGACAGCGAGGGGAAAUACGCCUGCCUGGACGACGGCCGAGGACGAGUGGCAGCUACGGGCAGCGCCCGGACGCUCUUUGAGAGGGAGAGGUAUUUCCACCAGAAUACGUUGACUUCACAAGACUGUCAGAACGCACACAAUGGAGAGAGCCAAAGCCCAACUGUUACCCCUCUGACCAGCAAUGAGAAAAAUCUGAAACAUUUUCCAAACCCGUCAGCCAUUGUGCCCAUCUGCGUGUCCACAAUAGGCCCGAACAAUGACGCGGACCUGGACGCCUCAUUUCGGGAUUUCCAAGUUUUCUCAUCCUCGCCCUCUUUCUCACCGAGUUUGUCAGAAUCAGCUCAAAGUCCCCUGCCUUUACCCUGCGAGACUUUCGACCUCUUCUCAGAAACACUCACAACAAUCGACCUGCAAAACCUGAGUUAUUGAAAUGUUUCGACUUUGGUAUUUGUAACUCAGACGGUUGUGCUCUAUAGUUUAGGGCGUCAGGGUGGAAAUUUUUAAUAGAUGAGGUAAGUUAAAGCGAAAUAAGCAAAGCUUUUUUUCUUUUUUUUUUUGUUGCCUGUAUGGACUGUUAAAGUAGGCUGGUA